CACAUCUUCAUCCACUUAACUCUAGCUUCCAUUUACCAACAACAACAUUAUUGUCAUGGCUCCAAAAAACGAAAUUCUUAUAACUAUUUUCCCUCUCUUCUUUCUCUCUCUUCACCAUAUGAUUUCAUGGAGUAAUGCAAGUCCAUCAAAUACAAAUACUCCACAAAAAGAUUAUGAAGAAUGGCUAAAAUGGAAUAUUCAAAACCACCAUGAGAAAAAGCUUAAUCUAAUGAAACCAAAUGCUGGUUUAAGCUUAGAUGUUAACUUACAAAAUGCUGAGAUUGAUAAAGUAAGAUUAAGUAUUAAUCAAGAUGGAACUGGUGAUUAUAAAACUAUUAUGGAAGCACUUGAUAAUAUUCCAAUUCAUAAUGCUAGGAGAGUUAUCUUACAAAUUACUCCUGGUGUUUAUAGGGAAAAAAUACACAUACCGAAAACAAAGCCAUUCAUAAGCUUUAUAGGCGACGCAAAUAAUCCACCAACCAUAACUGGAAAUGAUACGGCCUCGGUCACUCGUGGAGGCACCGCCUUGCGCACUUUCCAAAGUGCUACCGUUGCUGUUGAUGCUGAUUACUUCAUUGCUUCCAAUAUUAUAUUCCAGAAUACGGCACCACAUGAAGGAGGCAUAAAAGGAGAACAAGCAGUGGCGCUAAGGAUAUCAGGCAACAAAGCAGCAUUUUAUGGAUGUGGGUUUUAUGGAUCACAAGAUACAUUGUAUGAUCACAAAGGUCUUCAUUAUUUUAACAAUUGUUUUAUUCAAGGCUCCGUUGACUUUAUCUUUGGCUAUGGAAGAUCACUCUAUCAGAAUUGUACAUUGAAUUCAAUAGCAAAGAAGGUGGCAUCAGUAACAGCCCAAAAGAGAAGUAAAAGUUCAAUGUCAAGUGGGUUUUCAUUCAAAGAAUGUAAUGUGACUGGGACUGGCCAAGUCUACUUGGGUAGAGCAUGGGGUGACCACUCUAGGGUUGUUUACUCUUUCUCUUUUCUAGACACUAAUAUCCUCCCUGUUGGAUGGAACAAUUGGGGAAUAUCUAAGCGUAAUUCGACUGUUUACUAUGGAGAGUACAAAUGCAGUGGGCCUGGAUCCAACAUGACAGGAAGAGUUAAGUGGGCUCGGGCCUUAACAGACCAAGAAGUUGAGCCUUUUAUUGGGACUUAUUAUGUUGAAGGGGAUACUUGGCUCAUGAGCCCAUCAACUUGAUCAAAUAUUUAAAUUUUCUUACAAUAUCCUUGUUUAUUUAGUUCAAUUCUCCAUUUACAAUUAAUGAUCUUCAAAUGAAAAUUUAUGAAAUAA